UGCAGACACAACAACAACCUGCACCAGAUCAGACAGAAACUCCUGAAACAUUUCUGCCCUGAACCCUGAACCUGGAGCAACAUGAGUCACGUGGAGGUGAAGAACCUGCAGCCGUCCAGCUUUGAGCAGGAGUACUACGACCAGUACGACUACUACAGCCUCACCGACAAAUACACAGAAGGCUCUGCCCGUAAAGGCCGCUCCAAGAAAGAGGCGAGUGAAAACACCAACAGACCAAAUCCUGCAGGACACGAGCGUAAGAUCACGGAGAAGCUGCAGAACAGUGAGAAGAAGAGCAAGGAGUAAAACCUGAGGAAACUCUGACGGAUUCUCCGGCACCGACCUCGUUGACGGUUGACGGUUCCAGUCUCGCCACGACAGUGGGCGGGGCUAGAGUGGGCGUGGCGCCCUGCAGCCCCGCCCACUCAGGUGUCCAGCUCUCACCUGAUUGGUCCCUGAUUGAUCCCUGAUUGGUCCUGAAGUCCCGCCUGACCGCGACGCUGCACCUGCGGUCGUCCCGGCUACAGCAGGACGACCUUUAUGGAUGUUUUUAAAGAGUUUUGUUGUGGUUUUUUUUACUAUUAAAACUUUUCUCAUGUGA